AGUUGACAAUGCCCUUUAGCCCUAAGCAGAGAGAAAUUGAGUUCUGAGAAAACCACUUUUCUCUUUGAUUCAUCCAUGGCAACAGCGAGGACCGUGAAGGAUGUUUCGCCUCACGAUUUCGUGAAGGCUUAUGCAUCCCACCUAAAGCGUUCUGGAAAGAUGGAGCUUCCUGAGUGGACAGAUAUUGUGAAAACUGCAAAAUUUAAGGAGCUGGCUCCAUAUGAUCCUGACUGGUAUUAUGUUAGAGCUGCCUCCAUGGCAAGGAAGAUCUAUUUGAGAGGCGGUCUUGGUGUUGGUGCUUUCCAGAGGAUCUACGGUGGAAGCAAGAGAAAUGGAAGCCGUCCCCCACAUUUCUGCAAGAGCAGCGGUGCUAUUGCCAGACACAUUCUGAUACAAUUGCAAAACAUGAACAUUGUUGAGAUUGAUACAAAAGGAGGUAGGAAAAUCACUUCUAGUGGUCGAAGGGAUCUGGACCAAGUUGCUGGGCGAAUUGUGGUUGCCGCUUGAUCGAACAUGUCAUUGAGAACUGAUAAUGCAUAUUCUAGGAUUUAUGUUUGCUUAUUAGAUGGCGUCAAGGAAAAAUUAAGUAUUGUUUGUUGAGAAUUUUACAAUUUGUUUUUUUUUUGUCAAAUGUUUAACUUUUAUUCUAGUUUGGAGUUUUGGUCUUUUAAGGUUUCGAGUUCGCAAUGCAUUAUCUUCACAUUAUAUUGAACGAUAUGAACUGAAGUAAUUCUUAUUAACCUGUUUUUCUUUC